AUGUCGACGAUUUUGGGUUGUCUGGCCACGGCGGCCAUGCUGCCGUCCGCCCUGGCAUCAUCCUCAACUUUAGCUGCUCUCGCUUUGCAGAAUGUUCUCGAUAGAGCCUCACCUAUCUUCGGCUCUUAUGUCAACAGAACACCGGAUAAGGCUGAGUGGAUGAAAGCUUAUCCCGAUAAUACACCUCUCGUCCAUCUCAACAUCCCGGGGACCCAUGACAGUGCUACAUGGAACUACGACGAGGCAACCCAGCGGUCGCUCAAGGGAAUUACAGACUUAAACCAAGUCACAGUCCCGGUCCCUGAGACCUUUCGGUGUCAGGAUCUGCCUUUCAUAGACAUGCUUGAUAUGGGAAUACGAGCCUUCGACCUCCGCUAUAGCUUUGACCCGACAAAUACCACUCUCGUCUUUUACCACGGCCCAGCUCUGUUGUCUGAGACUGCAACCGUGGAUGACGUACUGUUUGGCUUCUAUCAGUGGCUUGAUGACCACCCAUCUGAAACUAUCUUUUUGUCAUUUCAACACGAAAGUUCAACCGCAAAAUACGCAUCCAACAAUGCAGAGCUGCAGUUGAAUCUGUACAAUAUUCUUGUUUCAGCAGAGGCUCGACACUAUUUCCUCCAAAAGAAAGACCAGCUAGGUAAUCUAGGCGAAGCACGCGGAAAGAUCAUACUGCUCCGCCGAUUCGAUCUGGACCAGCUAGAUGCAUCGUAUACAGAGGCACUCCCUGGUCUUCAUUUCUCGCCAAGUCUAUGGACAGACAAUAGUCCAGAUAUCAGUCUUGUUUACAAUUCGAAGAAAAAUCUCACUGCAUUCAUUGAGGAUUACUAUCAGCCGCUUACACCGACUGGAUCCAGUGCUGUGGAGAAUAUCAGGUGGAAGUUUAAUGCCACAAAGAGACAUCUUCUCAAAGCGGCAACUGGAAAUGAAGACAGCCUAUUUUGGUCCUUCGCGUCGGGUACAAACACGGCCAACACACCACCAGACUGGCCCCGCAUAAUCGCUACUGGAAAUGGUUCUGAUCUGACAUCAGAAGGUGGUGUGAAUCACCAGCUGGUCUCUUUCUUGGAGCAAUCUAAGGGAAAGAGGCUUGGUAUUGUGAUGUUUGACUUUUUUGAACAACCAUCCGAGUUGAUUGAUACCUUUUUAACUCUGUGA